GUUAAAAGUAAACAACAUAACGAUGACAUAACCUGUAAAAACUAUUAAAAAUUUUAAAGUGUUUCAAGUGUUUAAAGCAUAUGUUUAAAGUUAAUAAAUAAAUGAAUAAUGAAAUAAAAUAUGACGAAUUUUAUCCUGUAGUGGGUAAUAAAUCAAAGAAGAUGGAAAAUAAUUUUGUAAAUUUAAGACGAUCUGCUUUUUCAAGAUAUAAAAACAUUCAAACCAAGAAAGGAAAAACAGGAUUGCCGAAGGAAAUCCUAUAAGAAUUAAGCGAUUACAUUUUAAAUCUAUACUAAAAGACUAUAUGUGACUGAAGAAAAUUAGUUUCUAAAUCUGUAUAUAAAAAGAUUAUAAAAGAAAAUGGGUUGAAGUGAAAAAUUGACUCGAUUAAUCCGCUAAUAUCCCUAAUUUGCAAUUGCAAUGGGUUCGAUAAAUAUACUACGAGUGCGGGUGUAUGACGAUAGCAGUAUAGUCUCUUAAUCUAAGUUAUACUUUAUGGGCACCCCUUUCCAUUGCGCGUUUCGGACUGUGUGCCCCUUAAUGGAAGGUCCGAUGCGGUAUUUAGAGAUCCUGCAGAUUACGAGGAAGGCAAAAAGGAAAAAGUACCCAGCACGUAUUUGAUUUUGUCUAUGAGAGGCGCAAAAACAAGAUGGGAUUUGUGCCAAGGAAUGAAAAGAAAAACGCUCUCGCGAAAAGCCUCAGACUGUCGGUAAUGACCGCAAGAGCGAACAAGGUUUUAAGCUUCGAAAAGCGGAAAGUUAAAGACGCGGAAGUUACUUUACGUGAGGUCUGUCUGAAGAAGAAAAAUCGAAAACUUCUCCUUCUAUUUGAAAACGGAAUUUUAACCGAUUGCAACGAUGAGAAUAAAUCUCCCGAACAGUGUACUGAAGAAAUUUCGUCUCUUGAAAAUGUGGAUUCAUUUCACAAACAGGAAAAUAAUAGUUCGAUAGUUAAACAAUUUACUUGGCUUUUGGACAUCGAGAAUCUGUAUCAGCAUUGUAAUGGUGUGAAAUCUAGGAAUAAGAAUCAAAUUAUUUACCAGCAUCGACAAUGGAAUCAACUGUCACUUGUGGAAAAGUCCAGGGAAUUCGAAGGAAAUCACAUUCGAUCGAGAAGGGAUCUUUUCUUAAUUCCUGGUACCAAAUGGUGUGGCAAAGGUUACUCGGCAACAAAAUACACAAGUUUGGGCGGUUUUGGAACAGCUGAUUCUUGUUGUCGAAAACAUGAUUUGUCUUGUCCUUUCUGGAUUCCCGCUUUUGAAUCACGUUAUGGCCUCUACAAUUGGGGCGUUUCAACAAUGAUGCAUUGCGCUUGUGAUGAACGGUUUCGAACGUGCCUGAAAAUGGCCCAGUCCUCAUCGGCAAAUGUGGUGGGAAAAAUUUUCUUCAAUGUUAUCCGACUGAAGUGUUUUAUUUUGAAAAAAAGAAAGAAGAAAUUUUGCAAGAAAUGGGCAGCAAAGGGCAAAUGUCUCGAGUAUGACAAAUAUAAAGCAGUUUUAAAAAAGAAUCUCUACUAUUAGUAAAUAAUAAUUUAUUAUUAGAUUUUUAUAGGAAAAAAAGAAAGAAAAAUCUUCCAAAAAUAUAUGUCAAUAGUAGUUCUCAGGGAUGUAAUUUGUUUCCAAGUGAAGAAACAGAUUUUUUUGAACUCCAUAAAUAGAUAGAAAUUCGAACAUUUGAAUUGAAUUGCAAUCAAUAGUAUUUAGAUCGAAUUUUCUAUUUUAAAAAUAUCGCGAAUAUCUUAUUCAAAAAAUGCGAUUCAUUCGUUUAAAAAGUCCAAGUACAGAACUCAUUUAUAAAUGUGUAUAAUUUAGUAUAAAAGAAAAUUUUACUACUAUUAGUAUUAUAGAAUU